AUGCCUCGAAAUCAUGAUGCCGAUGCUGAUGCGGCUCAAUUGGCUGCUCAUGGUCACAAACAAGAAUUGGAACGCAAUUUCUCUUUGCUUUCUAUGUUGGGUCUAGCAUUUGCAAUUCUUAAUUCUUGGACUGCUCUAGCUGCGAGUUUAAGUGUCGCAUUACCAAGUGGUGGACCAACUUCAGUACUCUGGGGAUUGAUUACCGCCGGAGUAUGUAAUUUAUGCCUUGCCGUCUCUCUUUCCGAAUUCCUAUCCGCCUACCCAACCGCAGGUGGUCAAUAUCAUUGGGUUGCAGUCAUAAGUUGGAAGAAAUAUGUUCCUAUUCUCAGUUGGAUCACUGGAUGGAUCAAUGUUUCCGGCUGGAUUGCACUCGUUGCUUCGGGUGGUCUUUUGGGCUCUCAGUUAAUAGGAGGAGUUAUCUCACUCAUGCACCCAAAUUAUGAACCACAGCGUUGGCAUCAGUUCCUCCUCUACGUCGCAUACAAUAUCAUUGCCUUUAUCGUCAAUGCAUUCAUGACAUCGCUAUUACCUCUCAUUACGAAAUCGGCAUUCAUCUGGUCGAUUGUCGGAUUCGUCGUGAUUUGUAUUACCGUUUUGGCGACAGCCUCUCCAGAUUACAACGACGCAUCUUUCGUCUUCACCGACUUUAUCAAUAGUACAGGAUGGCCUGACGGAGUUGCGUGGCUUCUUGGUUUGCUCCAAGCUGGUCUUGGAUUGACUGGCUUCGAUGCUGUCGCUCACAUGAUUGAAGAGAUUCCAAACCCAGGAGUUCAGGGUCCUAAAAUUAUGAUUGGAUGUGUUUUGAUUGGUGUCUUUACAGGAUUCAUAUUCCUUAUGGUCCUGCUAUUUGUAGGAGGUGAUGUUAACGAUGUUAUUGAAAGUGCUGCGGGUCCAUUACUUCAAACUUUUUACCAUGCAACUGGUAGCAAGGCCGGAGCUAUCUGUCUUCUUAUCUUCCCACUCGUCUGCCUUCUAUUCGCGACCAUCUCCAUCACUACAACCUCCACGCGUAUGACAUAUGCGUUUGCUCGCGAUAACGGUCUUCCUUUCUCAAGAGUUUUUUCUAGAGUCCAUCCAAAGUUGGCUCUUCCACUAAAUGCAUUGUACCUUACAAUGGCAUGUGUAUUCCUCUUUGGACUCAUUUUCUUGGGCAGUUCAUCGGCUUUCAAUGCAAUUGUUAGCGCCAGUGUUGUGGCUUUGGGUGUCAGUUAUGCGAUUCCUGUCGCAGUCAAUUGUUUGAGGGGGAGAAAGUGUUUACCGGAGACAAGAGCAUUCAAAUUGUCGGAACCAGUGGGUUGGGCUUGCAACCUGGUUGGCAUUGCUUAUGUGAUGGUUACUACAGUUCUGUUCCUCUUUCCACCGGAAUUGCCAGUUACAGGAAGUAAUAUGAAUUACUGCGUAGUAGCUUUCUUCCUUGUCUUCGUCAUCGCAGUAGUGCAAUGGUACGUCGACGGCAAGCAAAACUUCACAGGUCCAAGGAUCGAUAUGGAUGCUAUGCAACAUGGAGAAGUUGUGGGAAUAGUGGUUGGUGAUGAAACUAGUGGCACUCCUAGUGCGGAUUUUGGCGAUGUAAAGGAAGUCAAAUAA